GGGUCCUCGCCGGCGCUUGCGUUCGGAGCGGGCGUCUGCGCCCCUCGCUUUCCCCUUCCGAUGCCGCCGUCCGGCUGCUGAUCGCUGCACCCGCGUCCUGCAUCCCGGUGGGGCCGCGGAGGUCCCUGUAGAGGCAGAAAGCCUCCUUCGCAAAGCGGGAAUGGAGAUAAAUUGUUUAACACUAAAAGACUUGAUCAACCCCAGGCAGCCCAGACUGGAUUUUACAAUUGAAGAUGGGGAAAAUGCACAUAAGGAAAAUAUAUUUGUUGAUCGAUCAAGGAUGGUCCCGAAGACUCCGAUAAAAAAUGAACCAAUUGAUUUAUCGAAGCAAAAAAUCUUCACUCCAGAAAGAAAUCCUAUUACUCCAGUUAAGCUUGUGGACAGGCAGCAGGCAGAACCAUGGACACCCACAGCUAACCUGAAGAUGCUCAUUAGUGCUGCCAGCCCAGACAUAAGGGACCGGGAGAAGAAAAAGGAACUGUUCAGACCUAUUGAAAACAAGGAUGAUGCAUUCACAGACUCUCUACAGCUUGAUGUUGUUGGGGGCAGUGCUGUGGACGAAUUUGAAAAGCAAAGGCCAAGCAGAAAACAGAAAAGCUUAGGACUCCUGUGCCAGAAGUUUCUAGCUCGCUAUCCAAGUUAUCCCUUGUCAACUGAGAAAACCACCAUCUCCCUAGAUGAAGUUGCUGUCAGUCUUGGUGUUGAAAGGAGACGCAUCUAUGACAUUGUAAAUGUGCUAGAGUCACUGCAUCUGGUCAGCAGAGUGGCCAAGAAUCAGUAUGGCUGGCAUGGACGGCACAGCCUGUCCAAAACUCUGAGGAACCUCCAGAGACUAGGAGAGGAGCAGAAAUACGAAGAGCAGAUGGCAUUCCUCCAACAGAAGGAGCUGGACCUGAUGGAGUAUAAAUUUGGAGAACGUAAAAAAGAUGGCUAUCCAGACUCCCAAGAUCAGCAGUUGUUGGAUUUCUCUGAACCCGACUAUCCCUCUUCAUCUGCACACAGUAGGAAAGACAAGUCUCUGAGGAUCAUGAGCCAGAAGUUUGUCAUGCUGUUCCUUGUCUCUAAAACCAAGGUUGUUACCCUGGAUGUGGCUGCCAAAAUACUGAUAGAAGAAAGCCAGGAUACCCCAGACCACAGUAAAUUUAAAACUAAGGUACGGCGCCUCUAUGACAUAGCCAAUGUUUUGACCAGCCUGGCUCUGAUAAAGAAAGUGCAUGUAACAGAAGAACGAGGCCGGAAACCUGCCUUCAAAUGGAUUGGGCCAGUGGACUUCAGCUCCAAUGAUGAAGACCUGGUGGAUGUUUCUGCAUCUGUCUUACCAGAAUUGGCAAGAGAAACAUAUGACCAGAUUCCAGUUGCUACAAAACAGAGGUUGGCUCGUUAUGGUUCUUUUAACACAGUUCAGGCUUCUGAGAGGAUCCAAAGGAAAAUAAACUCAGAACCCAGCAGCCCCUGCAGAGAAGAACCAGGGUCAGCUGGCUAUACCUUAGAAAUUGGAAGUCUGGCAGCUGUCUAUAGACAGAAAAUAGAGGACAGUUCACAGGGAAAAGUCUUUGCCAGUAAGAGAGUGGUGCCUCCCUCCAGCAGUUUGAAUGCCAUUGUUCCUUCGCCUUCUCUCUCUGUUGACUCGGAGUACUGUGCCAGUCCUUUAGCCCACCAGGUGUUUUCUGUGGCUCAGACGGACGUGCAGGCUUUCUCCAUACAGAAAGGUCUGAAUGGACAAGUAGGUGUCUCCCUCACUCCUGCAGCCUGUGACGCAGAGAGCCUGAAGCCAGCUGUGCUUGCCAGCCAGCCCCUAGUAUACAUGCCCUCCUCUUCGCUGUUCAUGCUGUAUGGGAGCCUGCAAGAAGGGCCAACACCAGGGCUGAGUUCCGAGAGGGACAGUGGAAGCGCAGAAGUCCCAGCUGCAAAAGAGCUCCCAUCUGCACUCUCGGCUCAGAAACGCCUCUGUGAGGAGAGGAAGCUUCAGGAAAAAGAUGAGCCAGCCACUAAAAGACAAAAUAGGGAAUGUGAAGACAGCCCUCUUUCCCUCGUCAUGCCCAAGAAACAGUCUGAAUCCACAAACCCCAUCUCUCCCAAGACUAUGGGUCAUAGUGAAUCUACACCUCUUGAAGACCUUCACGUGAAGAGUCACACCCCUGCUGAAAAGGAGGUUUCAGGAAAGGCUAUAGCUAAUGGCUUUGUUUCUUCUGAGUGGGGAAAUUCAUCAAGAAAUACAGAUAUGGAAAAGCCUACGGAAGAAAACGAAAGCCCCCAUGAGCCCUCUUUGCUGCAGUGCCUUUAUGUGCAGUCUCCAGCUGUUUCAGGAUUAAAUGGCUUCAAUGUUCUCUUACCUGGCAGUCAGCCCUCACCUAGUGUGGGACCGUCGUCGAGUCAGCUGCCCUCCUUCAGCGUCCCAUGCAUGGUCUUACCAUCUCCAACUCUGGGCCCUUUUCCUGUCCUGUAUUCUCCCUCAAUGCCCGGUCCAGUGUCUUCUGCUCCUGGCACCCUCCCAAACACAGGACCUGUGAAUUUUGGCUUACCUGGCCUUGGUUCAGCAGCACACCUUCUCAUUGGCCCUGCAGCCCUGGUUAAUUCGAAGACCUCUGCACUCCCUUCUGCAGACCCUCAGCUUCAGGCUCAGCCCUCACUGGACCUAAGUCCAGUGAUGUCAAGAUCAUACAACAUCCAACCUGAAUCUCCUGUUUACAUGGGACAUCCAGUUUCAGUAGUAAAAUUGCAACAGUCACCAGCUCCAUUGACCCCCAAGAGCAUCCGACGCACACACCGUGAGACAUUUUUCAAGACCCCCGGCAGCCUCAGAGACCCUGUCCUUAAGAGAAGAGAAAGGAAUCAGUCACGAAACACCAGCUCUGCCCAGAGGAGACUAGAAAUCCCCAGCGCUGGGACUGACUAGCCUGACACCUUGGCAGGUGAGGGUGGCAUCAGCCCAUCUGCUGGUCCCUGUUCCAGACUGUGGUGUCCUAGGUAGAAUGCAAACCAUGUGCUCCUCAGCACAGUCCUUCACGUCUCUUUGAUCCACUGGUACUUUUAACUUCCCACCAUCAUGAAUCAUCUGUUUUCCUGAAAAUCAUUGUUAAUUGUGCAUGUAAUACAAGUUGGAGUGCAGACUCUCUGCUUGGUGUCACAGUGAAAGCACCUACUGACUUGUGUGGUUUGAUUUAAGCAUCAUUUUCUUGCUGGAAGUAUAUCUGAACAGACUCCUGGAGCCGUGUGGUUAUUCUGAAGGGGGGUUGUCCAGCACUUAACUCGGGGAAGCAUUCUCAACAUGUGUUUCCACUUGCCCUGAGCAACCCUGUGGUGAGGGAAACUUUCUGCCGUUUACAAAGCUACUGCUUCCUUAGGCUUCAUCAGGAAGCUACCUUCAGUUGUGAAUCUUAUGGUAUUAUUUAUUUUGUUCCUGAAAUGGGAUUUAGUGCAAAAAGUUUACAACUACAGCCUAACACAUUUUUUUCAGGGUAUGACGACUUGAAUGUUUGUAUUUUUUCCCUAUAAUUUGCCCUGUACUUAUUCUACAACCUAGUAACAGUGUGGAUAAUCGUGCAUAUGUGACCAAUGUCAAGACCAAAAUAACUGUGAAUGACACACCAUGCUGUAGAAGAACUGUGCUAACCCCACCUUUGGGCAUGAGACCCAAGAUGAAUGCUAACAGCCUGAUCACUGCUUUGCAAAUAACUGUGUGAACCAUGAGAUUUGACUGUUCAAAAAAGCCCACCGUGUCAGGUUUCAUUCACUACGUGCCCUGUGUUGUUUAUUUAAAUAUUAACCGUAGAGUAUCAGGUACAGAAGCCUUCUAACAAUUGUUCUAAAAUAAACCAAGAUGAUAGAAAGGACUUCUGUGGAACAUUGGAAACCAGAUGAGACCUUUUGGUUGAAUUCUGAAGAGUCAUGAUGUAGAAAUUGAUACAGGGCAAUAGGUGGUUAUUUUAUUCUUUACUUUUCUCCAUGUUUGGAAUGAUAAGAGGAAAAUUGGAUACAUUUUGUUCCAUUUCCAAGAGGAUUCAAACCGUGAUUAUAUGGUACUUCUGAUAAAUAAGAAUGAUGAGUGCAGGGGUUCACUGUUCUAGCACGAAUCCAGUUCUGGGAACUCUUAUGCAAUUUCCCUUUGCUAAACCACAUUACUUUUAGGGGAUCAUUAAGUAGCCAAACUAGUUCUUUGUAUUCCUAGAUUUAUUGAUAUUUACCUCACUCUUGGCUCUUCAGAGUAAAUGGGCUUUCUCCCUUCCUUCCUCCCUCCCUUCGUUCCUUCUUCUGUUCUUUCUGCUUUUUAAAACUUCUUAGAUUUUAAAUCUUGGUAUAUGGUGUUAUUUUAUUUUUAAUUUUGGACCCAAUAAAAUGUUAUAUGAAAGAAUAAAAAUAUUAAUUUAAAAGACUCUGGGAGUCUGAGUAAAGUAGCUUUAUAUUAACUACAGGAUAAUAUUAACCUUAUUAUCCCCACAAGCUAUUUGAAAGAAUGAGGUAGGUAGCCAGACUAAAUAAAUUUGCUACUUAUACAAACUUUAUUUUUUAUCAACACUAAACUUUUGAAGUUUACAGAUGAUUUUUUUUUCCUUUUUUUUUUCCAGUAUGCUCUAGAAUUAGAUGAAAAAUGUGAUUCUGUCAACAACUGCAUGGUAAUGAUUAUCCUAAAUUAGUAGUGAUGGGUUCCCUACUGAAACAAACAAACAAAAAUCUUUUCAGGCAGAUUACAGGAUGUGCAACAUAGAAGUCUGUAUUUGCAUCUUGAAUCUCUCCCCACCCCCCACCCCCCAUGCCUAAGAACUUCCACAAAAUAGUCUGGCUGAGAGGUCUGCAUUUAGAUAGAAACACAAAACUCAUUUUCCCUUCACUGUUCCUGGACGGCCUCCAUGCGUUUUAAACUUUUUUGCUAUCCCUUUUCUUAUUCUUCUGUCCAUUCCUAUGACUUCGUUAACCUCAGAGAAUUUGUGGUUCUUGAGAAGUGUUAAGAAGCAAUCCCAUAAAUAAGAAUACUAUGACAUUGUGACAACACUUAGCAAUAGAAACUAAGAACAAAUUACUUUGUAUUCAGUAUUCGCUUCUUAGUAUGACUUGAUAUGUAAAAACAAAUUAAUAAUGCAGUGGUUGUUUCUGCCAGGAAAAUGAAUCUUUCUUAAAGAACAGCUGACAGCAGUGAUGAUGCCAAGCUAGACUUGGAUAUUUUGCAUAGUAAAGAAGCAAUGGCAAUCUUGAGUCUGUUAUUGUAUAAUUUAAUGAAAGAAAUAAAAAAUCACUGUUGGUGAUCCUGCGAAGGACAUGCAGCUUUGAGUUGGCACUGGGGUCGUAUGUGCCCUACACUGUCCAGGGUUUGUGAAACCCUUUCAUUCUGGUACAAGAGUUGGGGGUAUAACUUUUAUACUUGAAUCUACCUACCAAGUUUACAUUUCUCAAUUCCUUUUUGUAAGGUGCUAUUUCUGUAUUUAAAUUAACUUUUUAAAUUGUAAAGCUGCUUCCUGCUUAUCUUAUUGCACUGCUAGUUUUAUGUAGGUAUUAAUUUUAUUGCUGCUUACUGCUUUUGUUAUCAUAUUAUUUAGCUCUGCUUUU